AUGAAGUUCUUCCAGGUCCUCGUUAUCGCCGCCCUCGCCGUCGCUGGCGUCUCCGGACAAGCUGCCACCACUACGACAACCAACACCGGUGCGACUCCGGCCACAGACGCCACGACGCCGGCAGUGACCCCCGCUACAGGAGCCACGGGCGUCGCUUCCUCAACUAGCGCGACUGCAGCUCCCGACACAGGUGCAACGACGGCUGCCUCUGGAGCAAGCACCACCACCACGGCUGCUUUUGGGACGGGCGCCACUACCCCCACCGUCGGCACCACAGGCAGCGCUACGGCCAACACGUCGGUGGAAACCACAAGCUCAACUGGAUCGGUUGACGCAGGCAGCUCGACCACAUCGACGACGGACUCGUCUUCAGAUGCAGCGACCGCCGUGUCGUCAUCCACUGGUGAUUCGAGCUCUUCGGCUGCUUCUGCUUCGGCCAGUGCGUCCGGCUCGAGCGGUGCGUCUCAGAUCACCAUGGCGCGGCUGCUGCUACCGUUUUGGCUGUCGGUGCCUACUUCUUGUAAGACAUACGAACCUAUUGGUCGCUGCUAG